UUACUGUUUUUUCUCUUGUUUAAACACGUUACCUCUAUUGGUGUGGCUCAAACUGAGAAAAUGACUUUCAAAUCUGUUGUGUGGAUCCAAUUCUUACUGUAUUCUCGUUUAUCAGAUGAUACAGGAAAUCGACUUCGGUUCCAGCUGGAGUUAGAGUUUGUUCAAUGUCUAGCAAAUCCAAAUUACCUCAACUUUCUUGCACAAAGAGGCUACUUCAAAGACAAAGCUUUUGUAAAUUACCUUAAAUAUUUACUUUAUUGGAAAGAACCUGAAUACGCAAAGUACCUGAAAUACCCUCAAUGUUUGCAUAUGUUAGAGCUGCUCCAGUAUGAACACUUCCGCAAAGAACUGGUAAAUGCUCAGUGUGCUAAAUUUAUUGACGAGCAACAGAUUCUUCACUGGCAGCACUAUUCCCGGAAAAGAAUGCGCCUCCAGCAAGCACUUGCAGAGCAGCAGCAACAAAACAACACCUCUGUAAAAUGAAAGGCACUUGGAAGAG